GGAGCUGAGGAGGAGAGCUGGGUGGGGGUGAGAAAACAGAGAGGUAAUUGUAUAUGUAAGAGUGAGGCAACCCUGGCAGAAGCAGGAGGAGAGGGAGGAGGAAGGAAGGCAGAGACGGUGGACGAGAAAGGGAAGAAACGCAGGACGGGGAUGGGAGGAUGAAUCCUUGAUAUGCCAGAGGAGGGAUGUAGUGAGUGUGCACAGGAAAACAGAAAGUUGUGGGAAGUUUGGGAAACAAAGAAGGGGCAGCGAGAAGGGGGCUGGGGCGGCAGAACGAGUCCACAUGUGAGGUGUUUUUAGAGUGGAGGCGGCGGAGGGGGCCAGAGUGUAUCCUCGGUCCCCGGAGCAGCGCUGAACCGGAGCCAGGAAAAGGGGAAGGGCCUCCGUCUCCUCCUUCUCCAGCUGACAAAAACAGCUGCCCAGAGCCCGCUAAAGGACGGAGGGGAAGAAGGAGCCAGAGAAGGGAGCGAGGAGGAGGAGGGAGGGAGGACGGACGCAGAGACGAGACAGAGGAGGAUCGAGACCCCCAGGCCCGGGACACCCUCCACCCAUAUGGGUUGCGUCCUGAGCUCGGACUGGUGCGGCGAGGCAGAGGUGCAGCCGGUGCCGGUGGUCAGGAGCUCGUCCGUGAAGCGUCGGAGCCCGGAGAGGAGCGACAGCGGCAGGAUGAGGCUCACCAAGGCCGGGAAGGGGGAACCUCACGUCUUCAAGGAGAAGACCUUCAAGAAGAAGCGCCAGUGCAGCGUCUGUCGGCAGAACGUCGACAACGUGGGCUCCUUCUGCAGAGUAUGUAAGACGGCCGCCCACAGGAAGUGCGAGGCGAAGGUGACCUCUUCGUGCAUCCCGGCUCCCUCCAACGAUCUGCAGCGUCGAGGGACGGCUCCGUCUCGACACAUCCAGCACCUGGGAUCCACUAAGUCCUUAACCUACACCAAACAGAGGAACACUCUGCCCAGGAGCUUCAGCGUGGACCGCGUGAUGGAGCGCGUGAUGGAGCGCCACUACGACUUCGACCUGACCUACAUCACCGAGAGGAUCAUCUCCGUCUUCUUCCCGCCGAAGCUGGAGGAGCAGCGGUACCGGCUGAACCUGAAGGAGGUGGCCGCCAUGCUCAAGUCCAAGCACCAGGACAAGUUCCUGCUCCUGAAUCUCUCCGAAAGGCGCCACGAUAUCAGCCGGCUCAACCCAAAGGUCCACGACUUCGGCUGGCCCGACCUCCACGCCCCGCCGCUGGACAAGAUCUGCGCCAUCUGCAAGGCCAUGGAGACGUGGCUGACCUCCGACCCCCAACACGUGGUGGUCCUGCACUGCAAGGGCAACAAGGGCAAGACGGGCGUGAUCAUCGCCGCCUACAUGCACUACAGCAAGAUCUCCGCAGGGGCGGACCAGGCUCUCAGCACUCUGGCCAUGAGGAAGUUCUGCGAAGACAAGGUGUCCUCGUCGCUGCAGCCGUCCCAGAACAGAAUGUCUCUGCUGUGCUUCCUUCCAGGUUACUACCCGUUCCUGAAGAUCUACCAGUCCAUGCAGCUGGUCUACACGUCGGGCAUCUACGACCUUCAGGGCACCGGAGGCCGCCGUCUCUGCGUGACCGUCGAACCGGCGCUGCUGCUGAAGGGUGACAUCAUGGUCAAGUGCUACCACCGGCGGGCCCAGACGGCCGACAGAGACACGGUGUUCCGCCUCCAGUUCCACACCUGCACCAUCCACGGAUCGCAGCUGUGGUUCGGCAAAGGGGAGCUGGACGAGGCUUGUGUCGAUGAGCGUUUUCCAUCUGAUGCCACAGUGGAGUUCGUCUUCUCGUCUGGACCAGAGAAAAUCAAAGGCCGUGAAUACCAGAAGAACGAUCCAGCUGUUACAGUCGACUACAACACUGCAGAUCCAGUGGUUCGCUGGGAUUCCUACGAGAACUUCAACCAGCGAUACCAGGACAGUCUGGAGGAUAUCGCCCACACCAGAGGUCCUCUCGACGGCAGCCUCUACGCUCAGAUAAAGAAGCGUCGUGGGCCCGGCUCUGGUUCUCUCACCUCCACCAACGGCAGCAGCCCAGGAGUCGGCCUUUCAGAAGACCGGCCCGACCAUCUUUACCCUCAAGGUUCUGACUCCGCCCUCUCAGCCCACUCCCUCCACCUGAACCAGCCGUCCAUCCAUCCGGACCGCCAGGAGGAGCCCGUCCGCCCACCGCCUCCGACCAGGCAGGAACGGGAGGAGCUCGAGCGUCUUCUCGGCGGCAUCGAGGGCAACAGGGAUGGAGAGCGAGAGACUGCCAUCUUGGACGACGGAGAUUCUUUACCCUCGGAGAGAACCGGGACGCUGAGGCUGAACCGGUCGUGCUCCUGCCGGGACGGUUACCGGUCCCAGCGCUGUGCCGAGCCGGGCUGCGACCGAACCCUCCUCAUGCCCAACGGUUACUGUCUCGAUCGAGCUCCCGGCACAAACGGGCACCACGGGGCGACACCUUCUGCUACCCCCAACCCAGGCGCUCCACCUUCACACAUGGAUCUGUGCCAGCACUACACCCACUCCCACCAGUCGCUGCCGCCUCCAGACCUGGUGUGGGACCGCCAGAGUGGACCACCGCACUACCUGCACCGGUCCUGCUCAGAAGCGCCGUCAUCUCGACACAUCUGCCCGUACCCAACGCCAGACCUCACCCCUCACCCCCACAACCACUCCCACCACCACCCCCUGUCUGCUCCGGGUCGCCUCUGCUGUCGAGAGGACGACUACGCCCCUUACCACCACCCACUCCCACCUCAUGGCCACCACCAUCCCCACCACCCGAAGCCCUCCACCAGCCCGACCUACCACGACAUAAUGCUGAUGGAUGGUCUGCCGCCCGCCGGCUGCCCCUGCAGGGACUGCAGCAUCAGGAGGGAGGACUCGGCGGCCUAUCACAGCAUGAGGUUGGACCGCAACGACAGCUUCCACUGGGACCGGGAGGCGGAGCUUCAGCAAAGGGAGGUGGGGCUCAGGAGACCCAGGGAGGCAGAGGUUCCCAGGGGGUCGGAGCUGCAGUGGGAGAGGGAUCCUGGGCUGAGACGAGGCCGGGAAUUGUCCCUCCACUGGGAGCGAGACAGGGAGGCGGAGCUGCAGUGGGAGAGGGACCGAGAGGCCGAAUACUGGCACCGGAGAGCCACCGUCGCCUCUUACGGUCCACAAGGUCACGACCUCCCGGCCUUCACCUUCGACCCUUUGCCAUCAGGUCACCCGGCUUAUCCGGAGGCGUCCAGAUCUCACGCUCAUUCCCACCUGGAUCUGAAGUACAGCAGCAGCAGUAGCGGCUACCAAACGCCGCGUCAGGUUUGCCCCUGCUCGCCUUACCAGCCCUCGCCGUCUGAAAGCAGGGGAUACGCCUCGGGGUACCAGUCCGAGUCCACGUCACCGCUGCCUCCUGCUUCCUCCAUGACGGGGCCCUGCAGCCACAGCAACGGGCCGCCAGAACACAACCAUCAUCAUCACCACCAUCCAGAAUCACAGCAGUCAUACAGCUCUGACUCACACACUGAUGGCCUUCGCAGCUCUGGAGAGAGCGUUGGGUGGAGGGAUCACAUUACCCACGGCUCCUUCAAGAGGGUCCACAGAGACGGUCACGCUGCCUGUUCCACGCCGUCCGACAUGUCCGGCCCACCCACUCCCGUCCACACCAGCAGCCCACUACGGACACAGGAGAGCCCCAGUCCAGGAGGAAGAGAAUAUGAUAUCCGAACUACAGACAUCAUCAGCGACUACGAGGCCCCGCAGCCCCAGGACGGACACUAUCGCCCAAAUACCGUCGUCCAGGAAUCCUCCGAAAGCCAAAGAAGCAGCACAGAGUCGUCGCUGCAGCCGGUCGCCAAAGAAGCGCACACAGCCACGUCUCUACAAACACAACCGCCCAACCACAAUCCUGCACCGACGGACCCCAGCGCCCCCCAGCAGCAGGACUGUAGCCCCUCUGUAGACUCUGUGACACCAUCGAACCAGAGAUACUGCCAGGCUCCUUCCUCCCCCAUCCACGCUUCAUCUGCCCCAGACACGCUCCCAAAACCCGGACCCCUCAACCUCCAGACCAUCAGUCCUUCAGAAGCGGCUGCCGUCCCACAGUCCCAGCCUCGCAGUCCGACCCAAACAACCGGCUCAGCAGGACCAGCACAGGUCAGUGGAUCUUCUCCAACUAGGGAACCCCACCCAGAAGCCCCCAAAUCUACCACCUCCCACCCAGCAUCUCCUCCUCCGUCAUCAUCCUCACCGCCUGCAUCCAGCAGCAUGGAGGGUUCCCCAGUCUCCGACACCCCAGUUCCAGGCUUCGCCACCCUGGGAAGGAGGUUGAUGCUGAGCGGGUCAGAACCCCACCACCAGGGACCCCCACAUCACCACUACCCAGCCAUGGAGCACAGUGCUGCCAUGGAUGCUAACAAGAGGUACCCCGUUCACGGCCCCCAGAUCCACCCGCCCUCCUACUCCAACUACUCCACCAUCUCCAUCCCCCUUCCUCACCCUCAGCCCCCCCUGCCGGAGAAGCGCCACCUACCAACACCAACAGGCUCACCCGGCGAUGGAUCAAGGCCAGCCGUGGGCCACGUACCUCCCUCCACCACCGGCACCAACCAGCAUCAGCACCACGUCACAUUCUCUCCCACUGUGGGGGAAAUUGCGCCCUCUGCAGGCCAAAGUGAUCCAUCUUUAGACCCUGAACACAGGGUCAGUGUGAAGUUUGUCCAGGACAGUUCAAGGUUCUGGUACAAGCCUGGUAUAUCCAGGGAACAAGCAAUCGCAGCUCUGAAGGAAAGAGAGCCGGGAACCUUCCUGAUCAGGGACAGUAACUCCUUCCAGGGAGCCUAUGGCCUGGCCCUGAAGGUGGCGACACCUCCGCCCAACGUCAACAGCAGCAAGGCGAGCGACCCUCUGGAGCAGCUGGUGAGACAUUUCCUGAUUGAAACCGGCCCUCGAGGAGUCAAGAUCAAAGGGUGCCAGAAUGAGCCCUACUUUGGGAGUCUGUCUGCAUUAGUCUACCAACACUCCAUCACACCAAUCUCUUUGCCCUGCUCUCUUAAAAUCCCAGAAAAAGAUCUGAUCGGGGAGGUGCAGCAGGAGGUCCAACCAGUCAGUAACGUCAGUACAGCUGCUGACCUGCUGAAACAAGGAGCAGCCUGUAACGUCCUCUACCUGAACUCGGUGGAGACAGAGUCUCUGACCGGCCCUCAGGCCAUCGCCAAGGCAACAGAUGCCACGCUGGGUCGUAACCCGCGACCUGCAGCCACCGUGGUCCAGUUCAAGGUGACGUCGCAGGGAAUCACACUGACCGACAGCCAGCGCAGAGUUUUCUUCAGGCGGCAUUACCCGGUCAACAGCGUGACCUUCAGCAGCAUCGACCCAAAGGACCGGAGGUGGACUAACCCCGACAACACAACCGUUAAGGUGUUUGGCUUCGUGGCCAAGAAGCCGGGCAGCUUGGCGGAGAACGUCUGCCACCUAUUCGCCGAGUUGGACCCCGAACAGCCGGCGUCCGCCAUCGUCAACUUCAUCAACAAGGUCAUGCUGUCGCAGCGCCGAUAGACGGAAACUCUGUCCAUCAGUUAGCGAAAGACUUCCUCACUGUUCGGCGUCCACGAUCCCUACUGGUUGUUUUUGUAUUUGUUCGUUUCCAAGCCAUGAUGUAUAGUGUUACAACUCUUCAGAGGAUGAGGAGGCUUUCCAAGAAAACAAACCAUCCGGGGGAGGCUGCUGUCUGGAAGCAACAUCGUCAGCUUUUUGGCGGCAUCACAAAGUCGGCUCACUUUGAACAGAUCACCAUGGUAGCUGAAGCUAAAGUUAACUUAGCACAACCUUGCAUAAUUAAAACCUGAUUUAGGAGAAAUGAUAAAGACAUUACCCAGCAGUGUGCCCACUUUGGGUAUAAAACAGGACUUUUUAGAGGCGGAUGUUUCACCAAAUUAACAUCCAACUAAUGGCAGCUGCAUAUAUUUGCAUUCCAUUGAAUCUAUAGCAAAUUCUACACACAACUCAGAAGAUCUUUCUUCAGGCGUUAGUUUCCUUUUGACUGUUCACGU